AUGCUUGUGAAGACGGCAACUCUGCAAUUAUUGUCGUUCCAAUUCACUCUUGCGACGGUCCGGGUGAGUCCGGUUUCUUUGACGGAUGAGGUCGAAGAGGCCAAGAAUGCCAAGACGACAAGCUUAUCGAUAACACUUGGGAGAUGCCUUGGUGCUAAGCCAAAUACGGUUAGCUCACACGUGAUAGCGAGGCAGGAACCCCGCCCUCAGGCUACGACACUAGUCCUCAUUGAGGAGCACUAG